AUGCAACUUUCUUCCCAGACUGAGCUGAGCUGGGUAGGCAACAUGCACAACAGCACUGCUGAAACUCUGCUUAUGGCUGGAGCGUGGAAUGGGACUCAGUCCACACAGUCACCGAGCUCUGAGUUUUCCCUGGGUGUGUUGGUGCUGCUGGCUUUCCUCAUGGUGUUGUUUGCUUUGGUGACCAUCCUUGGAAACACCCUGGUGAUCCUGGCUUUCAUCAUGGACAGAAACCUCAGGCAUCGGAGUAACUAUUACUUUCUCAAUCUUGCUAUUUCUGACUUUGCAGUAGGUGUGUUCUGUAUUCCUUUGUAUAUCCCUUAUGCCCUGACAGGGAGGUGGCAUUUGGGAAGAGGCCUGUGCAAGACCUGGCUAGUUAUGGACUAUCUCCUGUGCUCAGCUUCAGUGUUUAACAUCGUUCUUAUCAGCUAUGACCGUUUCCUGUCAGUUACAAAAGCUGUAUCUUACAGAGCCCAGCAGGGAAUAACGUCCAACCCUAUCAUCAAGAUGGUGGCCAUCUGGGUCUUUGCCUUCCUCCUCUAUUGCCCAGCAAUCCUCUUCUGGGAGCACGUGGCUGGACACAGUGUGGUACCAGCAGACCAGUGCUAUGCAGAGUUCUUCAGCAACUGGCUCUUCCUCCUGUGUGCAUCCACCCUGGAGUUCUUUGUGCCACUGCUCUUGGUGACCUACUUCAAUGUGCGCAUCUUCCACAACAUCCAGAGGCGCCAGCGGGGCAGCAGCACCCAGGACUGCGAGCAUUCAAGGACCAGUAGCCUGUCCUGGAGAUCCUGCCUUGUGCCAAGUCCAGGAGCAUCCUCUCCUCCAUCAGAAGCAGAGGACAGUAUUUCUUCAUUAACAAGGCCAUGGAGACCAGCAGUGGAAGCUAACUGUUCAUAUCUGACACAAAUCAGUUCAACAGCUCUAAAAAAGGACUUUUCUGUUUCUUUCUGCUCAAGGCCUGGGUCAAAACUGCAGCAGGACAAGAGAAUAGCAAAGUCGCUUGCUAUAAUUGUGUGUGUGUUUGCCAUUUGCUGGGCCCCAUACACUUUGAUAAUGAUCAUUCGUGGGGCCUGCCAAAGAGAGUGCAUCCAUAAGUCCCUGUAUGAAAUAACCUUUUGGCUUUUGUGGCUCAAUUCCUUUCUGAAUCCAUUUCUCUAUCCUCUCUGUCAUAUGAGAUUUCGAAUGGCUUUCAUGAAAAUACUAUGUCCCAAAAAGUCUUCAACAUUGAGAUCACCUAAGACACCUUCUUUUUAG